UUCCUAUUAUACGAAGCGUUCAUUAAAUUGGUCUUGGAUUUUAUUUGAUUUUUUAAUUUAUUUAUGGAAGGACAGAAAAUAAUAUCUUGAUAUCGCCAAAAAAGAAAGGCAAGUAUCAGUUCAUUAACGUGCCGUUAAAUUUCUGGAUUGCCCUCUUCUCUAAAAUCAGAGAAACCCUCAGUUUCUUCGAUCAAUGGCAGCAUAUCUUUCGAUCGCCAAAACCUCGAAAAUUAAGUAAUCAAUAAAAGAAAAAAACACAGUACUAUGUUUUUCAACGACGUUAUUCAACGGAGGCUGGCAGCUCUGCUGCGGCCAUGGCUGAGAGGCGACGAGGAACUCGAACUCAAGCUCGGGUUCCUCCGCUCAAACGGAACCCUCAACGACGUCGGACUCAACACCGCCGCGCUCAACGCAUCGCUAGACGACCCAUCCAAAUUUUGCUUCAAGGAAGCGACCGCCGAGCAAUUGAGUCUGCAAUUCUCGCCGUUCUCCUCCGCCGCCUUCACUCUCGUGGUUCGUGGCCUCCGUGUUGUUCUUUCACUUGGUGAAGAAGUGGAUGAGGAAGGAGUUAAGUGGAGGCGGGACCAGAGAGAUACCUCUCCGGAGGAAAGGAAUAAUGUUCUAGAAGAGAUUGAUCCCGAGGGUUGUGCUUUGCAUUCUUCCAUUAGAAAGAUAUCGGACAUUACCACCAGAAAAUGGAGAACCGCUUUACUGAACACUGUAAUUAGACAUUGUCACUUGGAGUUGCAUGAUGUUCACGUGAUUCUGCAGUCUCCUUGUUUGCGUGAUUCAUCCUGUUCUUUGCUAAUGAAAAAGUUUAGAGCUGGAUCACAGAUUAGACCCCACAAAUGCUUUAUUAGAGGGUUAAUGAGUUCACCGUUUCUGCCUUUUGAAGAGAAUUUAUUUGAUUUUGAUAUUAGGAGUUUUGAGAUUACUUUGAACAGUGAAAAUCGCAAGAGUUCUGUUUUCCCUGCAACCAAUAUGUUAGUUGUAGUUAAUUCAAGUCAUCUUCAGUCCACAAGCUUUUGUUUUCAUGUUCCAGCACUGAAAUUUAUAUUUUCUUCAUCAGAUUUGUCUGUUAUAUUGCUGUUCUGUGGACUCUUGUCCAAAGAGUACAGAUAUGUUAGAUCUGGAAGGCAACUAUGGAAUAUAGUGGCAGCCAACCGCAGUUCUCUGCUUCCGGCUUCUAAAUUGUCGCUGAUUAACAUAGUUGGCGUUGUGUGUCUAUGGUUGCGUUAUACAAAAACCUACCAGAGUAUGCUUCUACUAGUUGGAUAUCCUGCUGAUGAAAUAAUGAAAAGAUCAGCUACAUUGAUGUACUAUGAUGCAGCGUAUUCAAAAUCUGUCAGGUCUCAGUGGAAGUUGAUCGCUGAAACUGAAAAGGAUCUGCCUCUCGAGGCAAUUGCAGUGGCUCGGAGAAUAGUUCGCUACAGAGUGGCCUCACGUGGUCCUGGUGAACUUGGCAAUUUUGAUGAUGUGCUGGCUGCUAGGCCUUUCUCGAAACUGUGUCAGCUAGUGGUGCUUAUGUUGAGCACGAUAGCCGGUUUGUUUGUUUCAUUUGCUAGGAUUCUAUUUCUGCACAAAAUUCUUUCUAUCUUUCGCAAGAGAAAUCCUCAUUUUGCCUCCUCUGUUUGUGAAAAAUCCAUUUUACAAAAAAACAUCACUCUAAAAAUUCAUGAAAUCUCGGUAGCUCUUAUACCAGACAAUGCGGUACAGUCUACUAGCCGUGGGAAGGCAGUUUCAGACACAAAGAUUUCAUAUGAUGACUUACUCUCAUUGUCUUUCUCCAUAGAUGGGAUCUUCGUGAGAUAUAUGGCGAAUAUUUCUGAACAGUGUUUUACAUUUGCAUCUGGUUGCUUGAAAGUUCUUUCUCUUUCUACUCCAACAGCUGGUGCAAGUGGUUACUUGGAAGAACAUUGGGAGAAGGAAGUCGAGAAACGGCAGAUUGUCAUAUGGGGAGAGCCUGCAGAAAUUACUUGCCUUCCUGAAGAGACUUGUGAUGCUGCUGCAGAUAUCGCUAGAACUUCAGACCCUUAUUUGGAUCGCCUUUUAGGGCAACUGUGGUUAAAUUGGAAAAAUACUUGUUUGAAAUCUGAAGAAGAUAACAUGCCAAACGUGCAGGCUCCAUGGAUUCUUUGUGAGAUAUCGAGCUCUUUGAUAGAUCAUGGCAUCAGUGAUUCUUGUUCUCGGUUUAACUGUGGCUUGGUUGUUGGUAAACUGAACUUCAACCUGGAAUAUUGUUCUUUUGCAUCCACAGUUGUACUCCUCAGUCAAAUACAGAGUGCUUUUCGCCGGAGUAGGAAAAGUGUAUUUUUACAUACUCCAAUGAUCACCAUUGACGAUCCACCAAUGAGGGAUUGGAAUAAUACACUUGCAUCAUAUUCUAGCAAAAUUGAAAUGGGCAUUAUCAGAUUGCUUCCUGAGAAGCAUGUUCAAAUCGGGGCACUCAUUGUUGGUCCUUGCAUUUUAAUACCUCUGACAAAUGACCAGUUCCAUCCUGAAACUUCAAGCAAUCGUCAUCGUGUGGCACACAUAUCAUUAGAAGUCUGCAACAUUGAACUUCUGGCAGCAGAUAAUGUUGGAUUAUCAAGUCAUGAAACUUCAGAACAUGAUGUAGGACCAGAGUUCGUUGAACUUAAACCUCAAGAAAUUGACAUCUCUAAAUCAGAUAAUGGAGCUUACAGCUGUCAAAGGCAGAUUUCACUCAACGGAUACGUAAAAUUUCGUGGUUUGAAGGCGUACUUUGAUGAAACCACUGAGAAUUUAAGAGACCAGAUUAUUGUAUUAAGGCCAAUAACUACACAAGUUAGUUAUGUGAGAAAGGACCAUCAUUCAUUUGGUUCAUCAGUAGUUGCUGUCUCAGCAGCUUCCCACUGUGUGGCUACCGGGUUUUCCUGCUUAAUGUUUCUGGAUGAGUUGCAUAUUUUGACAAAGAUAUUUUUUGGAGUAUUGUGUGAGUCACCUGCCUUCGCUGUGGAUGGAUCAGGUGGUGAUAUAAGCUAUGAAGAAGGAUCAAUCACGGAAUCACUUUAUUUUGAAACUGGAAGUGGGCAAACAUUAUCUGUUAGAAGCAAAAAUGCAUCACUCAUCACAAAUCCUCAAGUUUUUGUCAACAGUACCUACGACCUUAAGUCGUUUGACAUUGUUCUUCACAAUUCCAGAAAAAGUUGUGGCCUGGAGACGCAAAUGAGCAUGAUCCCUGUUGACAGCGAAACUGGCAGAAAGUCAACCUUGAACGACUCUUCUAGCAAUGGAAUUUACAUUUCUUUUCAGCAGUCAAUGGUGGAGUUUAUGUACAAAGGACGGAAUCUGGAUGUUGUCAUUGACACAAAUGGAGUUCAAUGUAUCAUUUGUAGAUAUUCGACUGAGUGUGAUGGAAUGCCUAAUAAGUCUGACCUCAAAAGUCUCUUACAUUCUCUAGUUUUCUUGACCGAAGCAUCAGUUUAUCAUAGCAAAGUAUGUUUCUGCUUGAGAAACCUUGAGAAAGUCUUAUCAUCAGCAAGCUUGCACACUACAACUGAUGAAUCUGGUUCCCAUGGUAUAACAUUCCCCACACGUGUUGAUUCUCCUUUGAUUGUGAGUACUGAAAGUCUGGAGAAUCAGUGGCUAUUCACAAAAGUUACUAUAUCUGGAAUUUAUAUAGCUGGAUGCCAAGUAAAAGAUAUUUUGGUUAAUAAAUUUGAGGAAUUUAACGGAUCUUUUUCUGUUGGGCGCGACUUCCAGGCGAUCUCUUGUGAAUGCAGGGGUGGUUCCGUGUUACUUGAAGCAACAGCUGUGACAAUGUUAAUCGAAGGCUUUACUUCAUACUAUCGAUGGAUUUCAGAACUUCAGCCUUCUGGUCGAUUAUCUGGCAAAGCUGUAGUUGGACAAUACACUAGUGAAAUAGCUCCUGCAGAUGGCCAACCCAGUAUAAAUCGUCAGCAAGUCCAAUCUCGUAAAGUAAUGUGGGAUUGUGUAGAAUCAGUUUCCAUGAGUCUUUUGAAUCUUUCUCUUGUACUUGUGGAGAGAGAUGAAUAUGGUAAACUGGAGCAACUUCUACUUGAGGUUGAUUUUGAUUUCAAUCUCGAACUUGUAAAUGCAGUGAGAAAAAUCUCGAUUAGUAUAUCCAAGUUUUGUAUGCUUUCUCAAUUCAUGCACGGGAAUCUGGGACAGAAAGACAAUGAUGUUCGUACUCCUUUUUCUGCUAUCAUGCCCGAUGAGUCAUUUUCAAGCUUCAUAAGCAAGGAUUCUUCACCCUCUCUACAGCAUAAAGAUUUUGAUCAUCCCGACCUUGCUGAUGCUAGUAGCUCAAGUACCUCAGUCUCCCAAAGGGGUGGUUCUCAUGUCGGUAUUUCCAUGCGUAAUCCAGGACAAAAGGACUUGUAUAUAAGUGCUCAAAGGUAUAUACUGAAAGAUUUGCGAUGUUUCCUAGCAGUUGAGGGGCCCGUGACAAGAGACCGGAUUACUCCCACAUACUCAAAUAACAUUUGGAUUGGAACUGGUUCUAUAUCUGGGUUUGAUGUGACGAUAUCUCUGUGUGAAAUAAAGAUGGUACUUUCUGCUUUGGGAUCUUUCUCUAAGGUUUCGAGCAAUGUGGAAACUCCCAAAGUGGAAUCCAGGCACUUGUCUUAUGAUCACGAACCUGGAGGAAACACGGAAGAAAUGGUUCCUGAUGGAACUAUUGUUGCUAUCCAAGAUGUUGAUCAACACAUGUAUAUUGCUGUUAAAGGUGCAGAAAGUAGAUAUGAUGUAGCUGGAGCCAUGCAUUAUUCACUGGUCGGAGAGCGCGCUCUUUUCAGAGUAAAAUAUCAUAAGCCAAGCAGAUGGAAGUCUCAAAUUCAGUAUUUUUCCCUGAUUUCGUUGUAUGCUAAAGACAACUCUGGGGAGUCUCUACGACUGACUUGCCGCCCAAGAUCGAGAUUUGUUGACGUCUCUUGUUCUAUUGAUAGUGGGUCUGCACUUUGGAGAAUGCUUUCUUUUAAACGCGAUGCCUAUGAAGUUGCUAUCGAGGUUGAAUCUUCUACUUCUCUAUCUAAAAAGGCAUUUCACCUUGUGAAUAAGAAGAAUGAUUGUGCAUUGGCAUUCAACGACGGCAUUCUUGAAUUUGUUGGCAAGCCAGGAAAUCUAUUCAAAUGGAAAGUGUUUGAUGACCCUGGUCCAUUGAGUAAUAGGUUUCCUGUGGAGGGACCUUCCAGCUCCACCGCCAUAUCAAGGGAACUGCAAACUUACCCAAGGGAUGGAAGUGAUUCAAAUGUUAUGGAGAUGGGAGAGUUAGUGGCGAAUGGGAAUCUUUCGGGAAUUGUAGUUACAGUGGACAAGAUUACCCUGACAAUUGUUCAUGAGCUUUCAGAGACUGAGGAAAAGUUCCCGCUUCUCCAGGGAUCAAUCUCCCCCAAUCAAGCAAUAAUACAAAUCUCAAAUUCUAAACUCAGGGUUAUGAACACAUUUGAAGUUAUUCUAUAUUACUUUGAUGCCCAGCAAAACAAAUGGACUGAAUUCAUUCAACCACUUGAAAUCUGCACUUUCUACUCUCAGAAGUUUCUUAUUCAGGGUGCAGAAAAUUCUCUUCACGGAUUGCCUAGUCAUUUCUAUGCUAAAAUUAAAGAGGUGACCGUAUUACUGAGCGAGCUUUCGCUGGAUAUCCUUUUAUUUGUUAUUGGGAAAUUGGAUUUGGCUGGUCCGUAUGCAGUAAAAAGCUCCAUGGUUCUGGCCAAUUGCUACAAGGUUGAAAACCAAACCGGCUUGACUCUUGAUUGCCAAUUUUAUGAUCAUCAACAUACAUCAAUAACUGCGAGACAGUCGACUACUGUUUUUCUAAGGCACCUAGCUUUAGCAAAUCAGCCACCAGAAGCAUCUUUCUUUUCAGUACAGCUUGUCCAGAACGGUUUCCUUUCAACGUCUCCUAUUCGUCUUUCACUUUUAGAAGCUCGACAAUUUGCCUGGAGGACUCGCAUUGUGUCAUCGCAAGACUCCAAAUCUUUUCCUGGUCCAUUUGUUGUUCUUGAAAUUUCAAAGGGAAUUGAGGACGGCUUAUCUAUCGUUGUCUCUCCUCUACUAAAGAUAUAUAAUGAAACUGAUUUUUCUCUGGAGCUGCGUUUUCAAAGGCCUCAACAUGUGGAAGCCGAGUCUCCUUUGCUGAUAUUGAAGGCUGGAGAUAUUUUAGAUGAUGCGAUGACAGCAUUUAGUGCUACUGAUUUGUCUGGUGGUUUGAGAAAGGCAUUAACAUCUCUAAGUGUUGGGAACUACAUGUUUUCGUUUAGACCCAACACUUCUGAUGAUUCAAAUAAUUUUAGUAAGUCGUCAAUAGAGUGGUCAGAUGAUCUUAAAGGUGGGAAGCCUGUUCGCCUAUCCGGGCUAUUCGACAAACUAAAUUACCAAGUGCGGAAGGCAUUUUCUGUCAACUCAAAAAAAUAUUCACUGAGCAUUGCGAAUUGUGCUCUCAAAUCUGAAGAAGGUGUUGUCUCUGACAUAUAUUUCCUGAUACAAACUGUUGGAAAGGCUGUACCUGUUGUAAACCCAGAUAACUUCGGAUACGCCCCUGGAAAUAAAAAUUCACCAGUCGCAAUGCAAGAGCAGAAAGAAUUUUUUGUUCUCCCUACGAUUCAGGUCUCAAAUUUAUUGCACACAGAGAUACAUGUCAGUUUGACCGAUAAAGAUCCGGACAGCUCUGUGGACUCUGACAAUACAUGGAAUGAAGCAACUAUUUCUUGUGGAUCAGCUGCCAAUUUUUAUGUUAACCCUGCUACCAUAUAUUUUGUGGUCACAUUAACUUCUUUUGGCUCGAGCUGUAAACCAGUAAAUAGUCAUGACUGGGUGAGAAAAUUGCAAAAGCAAAAAGAUGAAAUCUCUCAUUUGGACAUUGAAUUGGACUUUGGUGGCGGGAAAUACUUCGCUAUGCUAAGAUUGUCCCGUGGACAGAGAGGCACACUAGAGGCUGGUAUCUUUACGUCAUAUGCAUUGCAAAAUGAUACAAAUGCGUCGUUGUUUUGCUUUCCUACCAACCAGAAGCCUUUAUCAAGGGCUGACAUGGACAGAUUUGGUACAAGUAUCCCUCUGGAGUUUGGAUCAUAUUUGCCUCCUAAUUCUACCACGUCAUGGUUCUUGAAAUGCCAAAAAUUGUGCUUCAAGUUGUUUGAGCAGAAAACACUGGAAGCACAGCUCGAUUUGGAUGUGUUAUCGGGCCUUACAGAGAUAGACCUGGAAUCAGAAGAAUUGUUCGGAUCGAAAAAUAUCAUGAGGUUGGGAGUGUCUUUAAGGCCAUCUCUCACCAAAAAGGUCUCAUCUCAGAUAGUAUCUUUCAGCUCGCGGUAUGUUAUAUGCAAUGAGUCAGAAGCUGCGAUUGCUAUCCGGCAAUGUGAUAUGGAGGAUAUGGAAGAUAUAAUUACUAUCAACAGCAAACAGACGAUAGCUUUACAGCUGAAGACAGUAACAAGAAAGAAGAGAGAAACGACCGUCAUUGAAAAUAUUCUCAGAAAGCAUGCAAAACCUCAAAACGAUUCAUCAUUUUUCAUUCAAUUCCGACCAGAUGAAUCUGGACUUGGCUGGUCAGGGCCAGUAUGUGUUUCUUCAUUGGGUAGAUUCUUCCUGAAAUUCCGAACAUACCCUGAAAGUCAAUCCGAUCACACGCCUUACAAAGAAAAUCUAGUUAAAUUUGCAGCUAUUCAUGUGGUGGAAGAAGCGUCUACCGUCGUAUUGCACUUCCACAUGCCACCACUUACAUAUCUUCCCUACAGAAUAGAGAAUUGUUUACAUGAUGCUCCCAUAACUUAUUAUCAAAAGGAUUCAUCGGAGCCGGAGACUUUAGGAGCUAGAGUUAGUACUAACUACGUCUGGGAUAACCUGACUCUUCCACAUAAGCUAGUUGUCCAAUUUCAUGAUGUGCAUCUAUUGCGUGAAAUCAACUUGGAUAAGGUGCGGUCAUGGAAACCAUUUUACAGGAACAAGCAAACGAGAGGUCUGGGAUUUCAUUUACCCCUGGAGAAAAAGCCUGAAGAUAAAAAACGUACUACUUACAGUCGAGAGACUGUAAGAGUGGGCUUUGAAGUAUAUGCAGAAGGUGUUACCCGAGUUUUGAGGAUUUGUGAGUUCUCUGAUAGUCAUAAGGUGACUAGGGUGUCCCGCUCCGGUAGACAGAUGCGGCUAAGAGUCUCCUAUUUUUCUGUCCACUUGCUAGAGCAUGCCAAGCAGGAGGUAAAUCUGGGCGAGCCAUCCAACUAUGAACCAAUAAUCAUUACAAGACUUGAACGAAUUAACUUGGAUGCUAUUUUCACGGACCAACAUAAAUACAGCCAUAUCAGAGUGAAGUCAUUAAGCGUGGAUGAGAAGUGGGUCGGAGCUCCUUUUGCAGCAAUGCUUCGUAAGCACCAAUCUGAAAAGUCCGAUGGAAACGAAUAUAUUCUUCAUGCUGCAGUUGUUUUGCUUCCAACGGGUUCUUCUGUUAAACAAGUGAAAUACCUUUCCAUUGUUCUGCAGCCUCUUGACCUGAACCUUGAUGAGGAGACACUAAUGAAAAUCGUUCCAUUUUGGAGAAGUUCUCUCAGUGAUUCGAAUGCUCCCCGUCAACAGUACUACUUUGAUCAUUUCGAGAUCCACCCUGUAAAGAUUGUAGCAAGCUUUCUUCCUGGAGACUCCAAUUACAGCUACAGUUCAACUCAAGAGACUCUUAGGUCAUUACUCCAUAGUGUGAUUAAGAUACCUGCCAUCACGAGAAAGAAUGUUGAGCUGAAUGGGGUCCUUGUGACACAUGCUUUGAUAACGAUACGUGAAUUGACUGUAAAAUGCGCACAACAUUAUUCCUGGUAUGCCAUGAGAGCAAUCUAUAUUGCAAAGGGAAGCCCAUUGCUUCCUCCAGCUUUUGCUUCUAUAUUUGAUGAUCUAGCUUCGUCCUCGCUUGAUGUCUUUUUUGAUCCUUCAAGUGGUUUGGUCAAUGUUCCUGGCGCCACCUUAGGGACACUGAAGCUGAUCAGUAAAUUCAUAGAUAACAAAGGUUUUUCUGGAACAAAGCGUUACUUUGGUGAUCUAGGAAAAACUUUGAAAAAAGCAGGUUCCAAUGUGCUAUUUGCUGCAGUCACUGAAGUAUCAGACUCCGUUCUUAAGGGAGCAGAAACAAGUGGUUUUAAUGGAAUGGUAAAUGGUUUUCACCAAGGAAUUCUUAAAUUAGCUAUGGAACCAUUAGUUCUCAGCAGUGCUUUCAUGGAAGGUGGCGCAGAUCGGAAAAUCAAACUUGAUAGAAGCCCUGGCGUUGAUGAGCUAUACAUCGAGGGUUACCUGCAAGCAAUGUUGGAUACAAUGUACAAACAAGAAUACCUUAGGGUGAGAGUUGUCGAAAACCAGGUUAUUCUAAAAAACCUCCCUCCAAGCAGUUCUCUUAUAAACGAAAUCAUGGACCAUGUAAAAGGGUUUCUUGCAAGCAAGUCGUUGCUGAAGGGGGAAUCUUCAACAUCUUACUCCCUCCGACACAUACGAGGAGAAAGAGAAUGGAGAAUCGGGCCUACUAUACUGACUCUAUGUGAGCAUCUGUUUGUGAGUUUUGUGAUUCGAGUGCUUCGAAAGCAGUCUGGUAAAGUUGUGGGUAGAAUCGGAUGGAAGGGAAAACUUAAGGCAGAUGAAGAGACUGCAAUUGUUCCUGUUCCUCCAGUGGGCCCCAUUGAGGAACAAAAGGUGAAGCUCGUGUGGAAAUGGGGAAUCGGCAGGUUUGUCUUGUCUGGUAUAGUUGCCUAUGUUGAUGGGCGGUUAUGUCGGAAUAUUCCUAACCCUUUAGCAAGAAGAAUUGUUAGUGGGUUCUUGCUGAGUUUUCUUGAUCAAAACGAUGAUGAAACGAAGUAGAAGCUGUUUCGGAAGUUUCUUUCUUCUUGAAGUUUUGUAGUGAAUUUUGGUGACUUGGGUUUGCAUUUGGUGCUUAUGCAUGAACACGAGACAUCAAAAGAGGAAUAAAAGAAAAUGAGCUUUAGGCGAAAACGGUACGUUUUAUUUACGACUUUGUCUGGAAGAGAAUCUCUCAAAUUUGGAAUUCUGACCUGAUAGCGAGCCCACAGUUUGUGAAAACUACAAUUUGCUAUUUUCAAGUGAGUAUAAUAAAUGCAUAAACAUGCUUUUGGUUCCUCAAA